CCAAUCUUCCAAUGCCAUCAAGGUGGCCCCACUGUUUGUGUAUGUUCCUGUUGCGGACGCAAACUACGGGCGGCGACGAAAUUUCUACCUCGAAUAUUCGAGUUUUUUCCACCUGUUCAUUACAAUUUCUGGAAAAUCUUAUGCCUUGCACGGUGCUCCAAUCUCUGGACAAGUAGCUCUGCCGUCAUGCUGAUCAAGGUGGCCCUCAGGAAAUUCUGCGGGCCAUCAUUUCCAUUCCGCGAAUCAGCAGCGACUUUUCGAGUUGAAGGAUGAGUCAGCCUUAGAUGACAAAUGGGUUGCAUUUCAAGCAAACCAGACAUCAACGACGUCCACGCAAACAUUUUCCGGGUGAUGAACCUGGAUGAUGCUGGCCAAGUUUUAUGUUCGGGGCAGCUAGAAGUGACUGAGCAGGAGCUGAUCUUGUAUCAGCACGCUAAAAAUCCUGUCCGGUGGCCUCUACGGUGUCUACGUCGCUAUGGCUUUGACUUGGACGUAUUUACCUUCGAGUCAGGUCGGCGGUGCGCCACUGGCCCUGGAAUCUAUGCCUUCAAAUGCCAAAGGGCUGAGCAGCUUUUUAAUUUGUUGCAGCUCAAUAUCCAAACCCUUGGUCCAGAUGACACACUGUCUAGAGACCUACCAGCACCAACGAUAUCCCCGCCGUCUACCCUUCCUCACUCCUUUAGUCCCAUGGUUGAAAGUCUGAGCGAACCUAACUACCUGGAGCCCCUCCGCACAAGCCGGUCGGUAACCUUUGAUCGGCACUCCCUUGGCAUGCUAAGUCCGCAGACAUCGGUGCCCGUGAUUUCCAACCGGAAUGGCUCUGCUGUCUACGCCAACGACAUCCCAGUGGGCCAAAUGGUGGAGAGAGUGCCACGAAACAGCAUCACCGAGGAGCUAGUCAGAACUCCAACUACGCCGACGGCGGUGAACAUUUUCACGGAGGAGGCACACCUGUACAUGAACGUCGGCGCCAUAGUCACUCCUGAAGAGGUAGUGCCAGCCAGAGCUCCGUUACAGGUGCUGGACGUGCCGGAACAGCUGGACCCUCACUUCUACGCCAACUUGAGUCUGGAACUCAAGACCAUGCCGGCCACGGAAACCUUCGAAGAGCAGCUGUCGAACUUAAUUGAUUUAGAAGAGGACGGUUCUUAUAUGAAUAUGGAGAAAAGAGUGAACUACAUAGAGCUGGACUAUGAUGGUGGUGGUGAGAGUUCGCAGUCGACUCCAUUGUCGCCAGCCAACUCGUUGGUUUCCACCCCGACUGCGGUCAACUCUCCUAAAGGAGCGACUGGCUACGCAUCCAUUGACUUUGAUAAAACAGCGGCGUUGUCCAGUAUCGAUCAGAAAUGCUUGCGAAAAACAAGGCACAGCUCAUCCAUCACUGAGGUGUUGCCUGGCGAGUAAACAGUUGUAGACGAGGGUCCGUACAAAGGUGUCGUUCAGAAAUCGGUUACUUUUGGUCUCAGCGGUGGUCAGUGCCCAGACGGGCGAUGAUUCGCAAGUCUAAGUUUGUUAUUUUAAGUUAUCGACCUGUGAUUGUCAUCACUUGAUGAGCAGCCGAUUUUCUUCCAGGCCUAACAGGAAAUUAAUUUUCUAUUUAGGGACCCGCGUCCCAGCAUUUCGCGAAUUAGACUCUACUUUUAACAUGUGAAAUUUGUUGUUUCUCUGUAUUAACACGUGAAAUGCUCAAGAUUUUCAUAAACGCACAUUUUUAAAGGAGAAUCUCUUCAGCUCUUGUGUCAAGAACAUUUCAAUGGAAUCAAGAAUUGAUGUUGAUAUCAUGGUGGGCUAUGUGACAGCUAGAUAUGUAUGUUAUCGCAUUGCAUUGGAGUCGGAUUACGGCAGGCUUUUAGCUUGACCUUGAAACUUACAAUGAUAUCCAUGUGCUCAGGGAUGCCAUAUUCUUUCAAGGUUGCGUUGCCGUAAUCCGCCCCCAAUUAGGCAAAACCAAUUUUUGCUAUUUUUAACCUUUAUUUAUUUUUAGUUUGAAAGAGUACAAAUCUGAAAAAUUUGUCUGUUUUGACAUCUUGCGUUUUCUCUAAUUCAGUAUGAUUUUACUAUGAAGCUUUAUAGCUCUUGGCUUUAGUUAUUCUGUUUUGACGCUGAUUACAGCACUGAGCGAUUUGAACAAUAGAUAAUAAUCUUCUGUUGUGGAUUAAAAAUCGACACAUUGAGUCUGCAAGACUGGCGGUGUGUUCACUACGACUGUCCUCGUGUGAGUGCAUUGGACCCUCUCAGCAAAAUGCCAACUUCGUGUAAUCCGUGAUAAAAGUGUUUGCCAAAGAGAUGUGAGGCUGGUUGCAAAAUAGCCAAAUGAAGCAGAACGUUUUUAAAGCGCAAUUAAUAAUCGAAUACACUCCUGUUCUGCAACCGGCCAUUAUUUAUACAUGCUUAUGCUGCAUACAUUUUGUAUAUUUGUUUUCUAUGGCUGUAAUAUAUAUGAAAUUGACAUGAUUAGAAACGAAAUAAAUGUGCAGCUCAAUCCAAUCAUGAA